AUGAAGGUUACUUGGAAAUUUGGGAUAAUGACCAAAAGCAAGAAAAAAGAAAAGCAUCAAAAUUCAAAAGCAAAGCUAAGCUUACUGUAUAUAUAUGGAGUUGUGAGCAAUGGCAAUUGCAGCCAUGACUACUCCUCUUCUUAUUUCCUUUUUCCUUUCCUUCUUCUCAUUCCCGCUAUCUGUUUUACCAUUUGUGAUGCCAAUUCCAACCAACUUUGCAUUCAAAGUGAGAGAAAAGCCCUUUUGAAAUUCAAGAAUGAUCUUAUUGAUCCUUCAGACAGGCUAUCUUCAUGGGUUGAAGGUGGGGAUUGCUGUGAAUGGAUUGGUGUCUUCUGCCAAAACUCAACAGGCCACGUCCACCAACUGCACUUGGCUGCUCCUCCUCUUUCAGCCCCAGAUAUUUACGCACCACCAGCUGAAUGGGAACCUUACAGGCGGUCAAAACUACGAGGCAAAAUAAAUCCUUCACUGCUGGAGUUAAAGCAUCUCAGUUCCCUGGACUUGAGCAAUAACAAUUUUAGCAGCAUACAGAUCCCGAAAUUUUUCGGUUUGCUGGAGAGUUUAACAUAUCUUAACCUCUCUCUAGCACGAUUCCAGGGAACAAUUCCUCAUAACCUGGGGAAUCUUUCAAAGUUGCAGUAUCUUGAUCUUGGAUAUAAUGAUCUCAAAUCAGAAAGUCCUCAAUGGGUUUCUGCACUUUCUUCCUUGCAUUACCUUGAUUUGAGUUCUGCGGAUCUUUACGAAGCAAAUGAUUGGGUACAGGUAGCAUUCAAACUUCCUUCUUUGUUAGAGUUGCACUUUACAGAUUGUGGUUUAGAAGAUGAUCUAUCUUCGAUCAGUGUUAAUUCUUCAAAAUCACUGGUUGUUCUUGAUCUUUCUUGGAACAGCUUAUCUUCAGUACCUAAGUCGAUAUUUAGUCUUCAUGGUCUUGUGUCCAUUGAUCUUGGAUUCAAUUCUUUGAAAGGUCCAAUUCCAUAUUACUUUGGGAACUUCUCUUUUCUUGAAGUGCUUGAUCUUAGUGGGAAUUAUCUCAAUUCAUCCGUACCCAAUUCCUUGUAUAGUUUAAACCAUCUCCGAUUUCUUGGUCUUUCGAUUAACGAAAUUGAGCAAGACAUAUCAGAAAUCCUACAGAGUUUGUCUAGCUGUUGUUUGGGUUCUUUAGAGUCAUUGACUAUGAAAGAUAACCAACUUUCUGGUCACUUAACUGAGCAACUUGGGCAAUUUAAAAAUCUAGCUUACCUGUCCCUUGCUCAAAACAAAAUUUCUGGUCCCAUUCCAUUGUCUAUAGGGGAGUUAUCAUCUUUGAAGUUGUUUGAUGUUUCAGAAAAUCAAUUAAGUGGUCCUUUUCCUCCGAGUCUUGGACAACUGUCAAAUUUAGAAACUCUAAGGUUUGGGCAUAAUCUAUUGGAAGGAGUUGUAGUAGAAACCCACUUUUCUAAUCUCACGAGAUUGACAACUCUGAAGGCAUCACAAAACAUGCUCAGAUUUGAACCGAACUCUACUUGGAUCCCCCCCUUUCAAUGUCGAACUAUCGAAUUGGGUCAAUGGCAUCUUGGCCCGAAAUUUCCCCAUUGGUUAAAAUUUCAAAAGAACUUGUCUAAAUUAGAUAUCUCUCAUGCAGGAAUUUCAGAUUCUGUUCCCACUUGGUUUUUGAACCUUUCCCCUCAAUUUAAAUAUGUAAAUCUUUCUUAUAAUCAACUUGCUGGAGGGAUUUCAUAUUUGAAUGUGAGAGAUAGUGUUGACUUGAGUUCAAACCGAUUCACAGGCCCAUUGCCAAGAGUAUUCCCAACUUUACAUUUUUUAAUUUUGUCAAAUAAUUUAUUUUCAGGGUCUCUUUUUGAAUUAAUUUGUCAUUCAUCAAGUAGGGAACGAAUGGAAGUUCUGUUCAUUGAUAAAAAUCUUCUCACCGGAGAAAUUCCAGAUUGCUGGAAUCAAUUAGAAAGUUUGAUAUUUUUGAAUUUGGGGAACAACAAUUUGACCGGAAAAAUCCCACCUUCUUUGGGACGUACAGGUCUUCAAUGGCUAAACCUUCGAAAUAAUAGCAUGUUUGGAGAAUUACCAUCCACAUUGCAAAAUUUAACUAAUUUGCGCAUUCUUGAUCUUAGUGAAAAUCAUUUCAGUGGAAAUAUACCGACAUGGAUUGGUGACAAGCUCUCAACACUUAUGAUUCUAAGCCUUCGAUCAAAUAAUUUUGACGGUCAGAUUCCUCAUAAAAUUUGUGAUCUUCAAUAUCUUCAGAAUUUGGACCUUUCUCGUAACAACAUUUUAGGAGCUAUUCCAAAAUGUUUUAGUAAUUUGAGUGCUAUGGCCAAUAGAAGCUACGACAAUAACUAUAGUUAUGAUUGGGGAGGUACCACUACUCUCAUUUAUUUGAGUGCAUUAUUGGUGUUGAAAGGACGAGAGGAUGAAUAUUCUAGCAUAGUAGGACUUGUUACCAGCAUGGACCUUUCAGCUAAUAGUCUCACUGGAGAGAUCCCAAAAGAAAUUGGAAUUCUCGUUGAGCUACGAUCAUUAAAUCUGUCAGGGAAUCUCCUAACAGGAAAUAUACCAGACGAAAUUGGCAACAUGGAAUUGAUAGAAUCUCUUGAUUUAUCGAUGAAUCAAUUGAAUGGUGAAAUCCCUCCAAGUUUCUCCAAUUUGAAUUUCUUGAAUCACUUCAAUGUGUCCUACAACAAUUUGACAGGACAAAUCCCAACAAGCACUCAGCUUCAAAGUUUUGAAAACUUUUCUUACAUGGGCAAUCAUCUUUGCGGACCUCCUCUCACUAAAAACUGCAGCACAAAAGGUCUUCCAACUGAUGUUGAAAAUAAUGGAAGUAGCAGUGAAGGAAGUAAAGUGAAUUGGCUUUAUGUCAGCAUAGUUCUUGGUUUUAUAAUGGGAUUUUGGGGUGUAGUGGCUCCCUUGUUUUUCAUCAGGUCUUGGAGGCAUGCAUACUAUCGAAAGUUGGACCAUGUUGGUCGAAAGCUAUAUGUGUAUUGGGCUACCAUAGAUAUGUAGUUUGACGGGGAAAAAAAACAUGUAUAAUUAAGGUUUGUAUGUGUUUGUAAUUGAUUAUAUAAGAAGGAUUAAAUUAGUAUCUCUCAUUACAGUUA